ACACAGUUUUAAUAUUUUAUGUGAAUAAAUGUGCUAAUAUUACUGCAUAGGUUGUAUUUUGAUGCAAGUUGUUUAGUUUUGUUGAUUUAAUUUCGGAAAUUCCGAAUAGGUAACUUCGUACAUGGCUCAUGCGUUGUAGAGUUGUUUUUCCGUCACAAUGUAGUGCUAAAGCUUAAAUUAUUCCAAUGAUCUAACUUUUUUUUUUUUUUUUCAUUUGCAAUUAGCAUUGUUAUCCGACUAAUAUGUUAAUGUUGAAUUAUCUAAUGUCACAAUGGGGCAUCAGCAUUUUUAUGUGUCGGAUGGUUGAAAUUGCGAUGUUCCAGCUUGGGCUGUGCAACUUGGAUCAGAAACUGUAUGGCAUCACUAAAUGAAGUGAAACACUAACCACUGUAAAGUUAAGUAUUUACUAAAGUAUUUGAGAGUGUUUGAACUUGUAUGACCAAUUCUUAGAUCUAAUCACAAAUACUGAGGUGACUAUGCAAACUAUUGCAACACAAUUUCUGUACUUAUUUAUAUGUUGGGCAUUAAACCUUUUUACACUGUAAUCUGUGUAAUACUCUGUCACUUCUUACAGAUCAUGCUGGUUAAGGUGAAACUUGGGGAUGCCCAAAAAUUUGUCAAGAUAACUGAGCUGAGACUGGAGGAGUUUUUGUCUGCUGCAUUUUUAAAGUUUGGUGUCCCAGCUGUACCUGAGAAUGUGAAGGUUUUUGAUGAAUCAGGGACUGAGGUGGAUGAUGAUGUUUUUGAGGAUGUAGUCAGUGAUCCCUCAGUUGGAGUUCUUACCAUAAAACAUGGUGCAGACUUGGAUUCUGCCUCUCCACAAGCCUCUCAUGGGCAGUCAAUCCUGUCUUCACCCGUUGACUCCAGUGACUCACAGGAUACAGUCAUAAUUGAAGAAAGCACCUCCAGCAAACGAAUAAGGCUAGAUGGCGAAGCUAAAAAGUUGGUGGAAACCAUUCUUGUCCAGAAACCUGGUGGAGAGCGUGUAAUAAAUGAAUACAACCGAACUAAGUCUUUGGGGGAUGAAACGAGGAGGAAAAUGGUUAACAUCUUGGCAGCUGACAUGAUAGAAAAUAAUGGUACAUCACCACCAAGGCAGGUGAAAGAAAAAUAUGCCAGAGGAAUUGUGGCUUUGUUCCCUUACCUCAGUGACCCCUUUUCCAAAAAUGGCUACGAACAUUAUUAUGAUGGUGAAAGCGGUACUGGGUACUUAGCAUGGAGAGUCAAAACUAUACAGAGAGGCUUAGCUAAAGAACGACGUGCAUCAUUUGAAGGACAAGGAACGUCUGCUGAAGUGGGGUCUGGAGGACCAACUGUAAGACGGCAGUCAGAGUUUAAUCCAGAGACCAUCUUGAAUGAGGAUGAAUGCAAAGAAGCAAUUGCAUUCAUGCGCCAUUCUUCUGAUGAGGACGCCAUCAAGAAGAAAAUGAAGUUGACAUUCGACUAUCGCCGCAACAUGGUUCUUGACCCCAUGCAGUCAAAUGAGAUACUGACAAUCUUUCCACGAUUCAAAGACAUUAAAGGCUUGAUUGAGCAAGACUUUGUUCUGAUGUUUGGAGAAGGAGUGUCAGGCAAGCUACUGGAGAAGUGGACCACUGCAUUCAAGAAAAAAGUGCUUCAGCAGUGCAAAAAGCUUCCAAACACCAGUGAUUUGGAAGAACUACUGCUAGCAGCUGAAUCUCCUACUGUUGACUCAGAAGAGGGUGUUAAUUUUGCUUGGGACAGCGACCUCUCUUCCAUAAUACUUCUGUUGCAUCUGAUCCCACCUUCUGCCCAAGGCCGGAAAAGACCAGGAAAGGUGUCUGCCUCUCAAGCAGAAAAACACCUUGUUGUAUUCAAGAAGAGUGGAACAAACAUUGAGGAGCAUCUUCGAGAAAUGACAGCUAUUGCUCAGCCCUACCUCCUGGCCGUGGGACCUCAGAAGAAUUCAGUUCACCAGUACUUCAUCGUUCUUGAUCAGCAUGCCAUUCCAUGCAAGUCAACCUCCUCUCUUGGUGCCUUUGACGAGCUGUUUAAGGCACACUUUGUUUUUGGCACAUCUUACAACAUUAUGCUACACAACAUGUACACUUUCAUUCAGACCACUGUGUACAACAUAGAUGUUGGCAAAGUGAAAGAGAGUCCUCGUGUUGCUGAGGUUAGAGCAAGGCUGCUUAGCUAGGUGCUUUAAGUUUUCUGUCCUCAUGAAGUGUUUUGUUUGUCAGGCUGAGUUAUACGGUUCAAAAUUGCUUCUUAGGCACUUCAGAUUAGUUCAUGGUUUUGUUCCUGGAAAGAAUCUUCGCCUUAAAUGUGUAGAGGCAGGGUGUAGUUCUGUGUUUGGUACUUUUUCAGGUUUUAGAAAACACUUGAAUACAAAACAUACUGAGCAAAGUGACCAGAAUUUUGACACCAUUGACAAUCGUGAGACUGCUGAGGCAGAAGGACAAAGUAGUGCUCAAACAUUUGAUCAGAUUGGCACUGUUGGAGAGGUGGCCACAACAUCUGUAUUGUUAAAGUCAAAUAAGAGCACUUUGGAUAUGUGUGCGUCUGCUGUUGCACAACUAAAAGUUGCUGGGUUGAGUCAGUCUGCUAUAAGUGGUUUUGUUUCAUCUAUGGAGGAAGUCGUUUUUGAGAUUCACAAUCAGGCCCAGGAUGCAGCUUUGCUAUGUCUGUCUCCACAUGACAUUGCUACUAAAAGGAAAAUAGAAAGUUCAAUUCAACAUUUGGAAAAUCCUUUUACUUUGUUAAAUUCUGAAGCCAAACGAAAGAGACUUUUUACAGAGAAAUGGGGAACUGUUGAACCAACCGAAAUAGUGCUUGGCACAAGAUUUGACAGCAGGAGAAAUAAAACCACUGGAACAUUUGAUCAAGUUGUUGUAACAGAUAAAUAUGCUUAUAUACCAAUUUUAGAAACACUAAAUUCAAUUUUGCAAAAUCCGCAUCUUACUGAUUUGUUUAAACCCAGGCAUGUUCCAAAGGAAGGUGUUUAUGUUGACUUAAGUGAUGCGGCACAUUUUAAAAGUAAUCUUUUAUUUUGCACAGAAAAAGAUGCCUUACAAAUUCAGUUAUUUUACGAUGAUUUCAAGACCGCUAAUCCAUUGGGUUCCAAAAAAGGUAUACACAAAUUGGGUGCUAUCUAUUUUACGUUAAGGAAUUUCCCCCCCAUUUUUAACUCCUCAUUGGAUAAUAUUCAUUUAUGUGCCCUCUUUCAUGCACAGGAUAUUAGACGGUAUGGUUUUAAUUCUAUAAUUGAGCCUCUAGUAAACGAUCUAAAAGUGCUUGAGAUUGAGGGGGUUAAGAAUCCAGUAUCUGGAAGUUGUGUUAGGGGUACAAUUGUUCAAGUCACAGGGGAUAACCUUGGCUUACACAGCUUAUUAGGCUUUCUGGAGUCAUUUGGGGCUCAAUAUUGUUGUCGUUUCUGUGUUCUUGAGAAAGAUCGCUUUCAGUUUGUGUUUUCUGAAGAUAACCCUGAGGUUGUACUAAGAACAACUGAGAUGCAUGCUAUGCACUGUAAAAGGUUACAAGAUGACUCUACACUACCUCAUGUCUAUGGCGUCAAACGGGUGUGUUUGCUAAAUUCACUCAAGUAUUUCAACACCGCAAACAAUUUUGCUGUGGAUAUAAUGCACAACAUUUUAGAAGGUGUCGCUCAGCUAGAGGUAAAACUUGUUCUGCAGUACAUUCAGCAUAAUUUUUUGAGUGCUGAUGAUCUUGCUGGUAGAAUACAUGCUUUUGAUUAUGGUUACAAUCAGCAGAGAAACCGUCCUCCAAUGGUCAAAUUGUUUGGUGGCAGUAACGAUUUGGGUUUAAAUGCCAUCCAAUCUUGGUGCUUGUUGCGCAACAUGCCUCUGUUAUUUGGUGAUUUAGUGCAGAGAGAUGAUAAACACUGGUAUCUUUUGCUUUUACUUCUGCAGAUUGUUAACAUCGUAUUUUCACCAGUCCUAACAGAAGGCAUGACCAUUUAUCUUAAACAUUUAAUAAUUGAACAUCACCAGCUAUUCAAAAAAUUAUUUCCCGAAAAAAAUCUGUUGCCAAAGCAUCACAUAAUGAUACAUUACCCACAGUGUAUAAGAAAAAUUGGACCAAUUCUGCACAUGUGUUGUAUGCGUUAUGAGGCUAAACACAAGUUUUUUAAAACACAAUUAAAAAGCUUCAAAAACAUCACUAAAACACUAGCCAAAAAGCACCAGAGUUGUAUGGCAAUGCACUGGGAGUCUUUUAGCCAGUACAGAUUGACUCUUGGGCCAGGGAAGAUGAUGGAACUCAGUGAACUUAAAGGUGGGAUGGACAUGGCUUCCAAACUAGGAGUGGAAGUAUCAGAACUUGUCUAUUCUGUAAAAUGGAUCAAACAUCAUGGCACAGAGUAUCGCCCUAACUUUAUUAUCUGUACUGAAGUAGCAUGCGAGAUGCCUGUGUUUUGUAAGAUCAAGACUAUUGCUGUGAAAGAUGAAAAUGUACUGUUAUGUGGAACACUGAUGGAAACACUCUGUUUUGAUGACCAUUACCAUGCAUUUACAGUUAGACUGCAUCCAGACCAAGUUUUAAAGGUAGCGAAUGUUAACGAGCUGUUAUUUCAAACCAUUUGAUCUUCAAAUGAAAUAUGGCACAACAGAUUCUGCACUGCAUAUAGUGCCCUAUUGCCAUUUUAUGCAGAUGUGAUGUUUUUUUUUCAGAUGUGAUGUAUUUGUUUUAAGCCUGACAGUGUUUUAAUAAAUGUUUUAAAUGGUA